AUGGCUAUGAAAUAUGAAGAAAGAGGCAGUCCAUUCUGGGAGGCUGAUUGCUACCUGCAGAAAGCACAGGAUGCCAUAUCACGAAGUCUUCAUGAACUUGCUUCAGUAACCAUUAAAAACGACGACGGACAGAAUAAAUUUCUGAGACGACAGCGUCAACCAUCAUCAGAUAUUCAUUCAUCUUCUACUUACCGAAAGAAUUCUUUUCCUUCUGCAUUCGUAUCUCAACAUGACAUAAGAAAAUUUCCACAGUCAUUCUCAUCAGAUGAUGACCAAUCGGCAAAUGCAGAAUAUUACAUGUCAUCACGUCGUAAGCGUUUUACACGUCAUCAGCGACGUAAUUUAACUGGUGGAAUUUCUGGAGAGCGUACAUGGAAGUCAACCUCAGCUUUAAAUAAAGUGCACAGGUCAGAAUCUACAACAAAUAGCAGCGAUAACGGCAGCAUCAUCAUCGAACGAAGAAAGCGAUCGACUCAGUUGACGACAAGGAAGAAGAGAGGUCAAUCGACAGCUGCAUGCGGUGCAAUAACGCCAGCGGAAGCAGCGUUUCUUUCAUUGAAGCGAAAUUAUGUUAAUUCCAGUUUGAUUACUCGGUCGAUAGCAGAAACUUGCUGCAAAUCAACUUCGACACGGCUAUUGGCAUCUAACGAACCUGUUGACACUUUACAGAAAUUUAAAGGACCAGCAGCUCGAAAAGCUCGUCGUCGUACACUUAGAUAUAAAUUGAAUUCAUUCACCAAUAAUGAGCUGGAAACGAAAGGAGGAUCACAAACAAGAUUGAAUAAUACACAGUCGGGAAAAGCUACGUUUGUUCGACGUUCGAUAUCUGUCCGGGAGUUGAACGGAACGAUGAUCGAUUUUACUAAUCAGGAUUCUGUUACCAGGUGGACAUCACAAAUUCUUGCCGAAAUAGACUCAUUACCAUCCAGUAGUUUUGAUUUAACCGCACAAUCAAUUCCGCUCUCAUCACCUUUUAUCAGCACUGCCACUUCUAUCACUACUGAUAUUAUUACUACUGGUACUACUGAUGUUGAUAUCAUAUGUGCUGACGAACCAGAAUGCGGUACUUUAAAACCAAAUAUUCUGUGUCCAUCAGAGAAUAACUCAGAUAUUUCAUUUGAAAUGAGUAUAAUCGAUUCAACAUUAUCAGCGCAGUCUCAUAAUAACAAACCACAAAAUUGUCAUCGCACGCAGAAAGUCGAGUUGAAACCUAGUCGUUUUAUAAAAUUUCGGAAGACAAAUUCCUGGAAAAAAGAUAUCUGGCGUCAGUCAGCGGACAUUCCUGAAGCUUCCUGUACAGCACAUAUAGUACUAACAGCGCAACCAUCGAGUCGUCACAAGCAGUCAGCACAUGCAGUUGUUAUCAGCGCACCGAAAAAUCCGGAAAGAUCAGAGAAGCUCCAUUUUUUAUCAUCAAAAUUCAGCAGCAAUAAUAACGAAAAUUCGCAAAGUCAUGCCAGUCUUAAAAGUGGAAGUGGUAGCUAUGAAUCGUCACCUUUAUGGCGUUUCUUGUCACGUAAAAAAUAUCAAUCUUUCAAAAAAUAUCUAAAAUGGUAUCAGAAGGGUAUUCCAACGAUCGGCAUUGUUUCUGAUAUCGAAGUUUCGUUAUCUGGCAUGGAAAAUUCACCAGUAAUCACAAAUGACAAAAAUCAUCUUCCUGAAUGUAACUUACAACCAAAGUGGAGAAAUGAUAAAGUCGAAUCAAAUGGUGGCUUACCGGUAUCCAGAACUAAUUUAGCUUUAGCUCUGGAUGUAAAACCAUAUCAACGCUUCCUACGAAUGUCUAAUUCGGCUCAGGGAAAACUGCUUGAUUAUACAAUUUUAAAUGAUGUGCAGUGGAGAAGCAGUAUUUAUGACGCUAAUGUGAAAAUUAAUAAUGAUGCAAGUAUCGGUAGCCGUACAUGUUUCUCGAUGGAAAGUAUCGAUUUGACAAAAGAGAGUAGUACUGACGACAGAUUGAAAUUCUUGGGUGAAGCAAAGCGGAUUGAACUACUUGAUGAAGCACAAUCUCCGGUUGCCAUUUGGAAACAAAGGGCUCAAUGUCGUUCACAGAAAUUGGAAACAUCUGAUGAUAUUGUUGAUGACACCAAAGAAGUGAAUAAUAGCACCUCUUCAAAUUCGUCGUUAACAGCUGUUCAACAACCAGUUGAUAAAGCGGCAACUUUAGUUGCAACUCCAGUAUCUUUAAGUAGAGAUUCAAGUGAAAACAUUGAAGGAAGCAGUAAAUCGGUACACGGCAUCGUUGCGUCACUAAUCCGAGCAGCGGAAGAAACACGUUUUCAGACACCGGAUAAACCUAAUUCAUUGAAUGUCAGUAAUAAAAAGUUUCAACAAGAACAACCAUCUAUAACUACUACCACUACAACUGCUUCUGCACGACAGGAAAUUGGUACUCAGACCAGUCCUUAUUCAUUAUCCAGAUCUAGUUCCUUCGACUGGAUCAACGAAUCAUCCAUUGAGGAUCAAUACAGUGAAGAACUGGUCACUGCUUCAACAGAGUCUCCGGGAACUCCCGAGGACCCUGAAUAUUCUUUACUGAAUCGAAUUACGGAACCUUCUCGUAUCACUGACAGAGAAAUUCAAGGAAUGUUGCGCAAAAAUAUGGAAGCACGUAAUAGUCUGCUCGAGGAAAAGAAGACACAAUCAUCGGAAGAUAUUGAUGAAAGUAUAGCAAUGUUGUUGGAAUAUGCCGAGGAUUUGAAUAUUGUUUCAAAUCGAGUAUUGCAUUAUCCUGUUAUCAGUGAAAAUCUUACAAAGCAUGCAAACGAUAUUCGAAAUAAUGAUUCAGUUUUGUCACGUGAAAUUUCAUCCGAUAUUUCCAGAAAUAGGAUGCCAUCGACGAAUAAUCAAAAUGAAUUCUUCCGACAUUUUUCAUCAUCCACGGGUAAUAAUAAUGGUAGUGGUAGUGGUACCAUUAGCUUGGCUACUCAACAUACAUAUGUUGGCAAAGGUAAUUCACAGGGGUCAAUGAACGGUAGCAUAUAUGACAACGUAUCUCAUGGAAUUAAACAAACUGCAGCACUUCAGGCAUCACUAUUAGCAAAUGUCAAUGCUACCGCAAUCACCACCUCUAAUAUUUCACUUCAGUUAUCUGGAAAAGAUAACAAUAACGCAGCAAACUCAGCACCAAUAUCGACAAAAUUGAGUCAUGGUACUAUCUUGUCUCAUGACCCAAAAAUUCCGGACAAUUCAGCAUCACCGGACGACAAUGCUAUUUCUCAGCGCGAUAUUAGUGUUAGCUCUGGCUUAGCUGAUAGCGAGAGUUCCCCGAUGACUCCAGGUGCUCCAGCUGCUAUCGGCUUUCAUCAUAGCAGUAAGUGCAGAAAGCAACAGCCAAAUAAAACUAGAUCUCAGUUGGCUCAGAUAGAGAUAGAUUCAUCAUUUGAAAUGGACAUGGAUGGAAAGGAAGUUCGUCCACCACCACCGCCUUCGCCUCGUUUGGAUACGGAAAAGAAAACUUUAUCGGUGGUGCUAGCAUCUGAUUUGUUUGCUUUCAGUGCUGGACGUGUUCCGAAACGAGCCGAAAGCUGUGAAGAGCUUGAUGUUGAUUUUACUGAACAGACGAGCGAUGAAUUAUAUGCGCUGAAGAAGCAGAAAGUCGAAGAAGAAGCAGUUGAAUGUGUUCGCUGGUUGCGUGAUGCUGGCUUUCCUCAAUAUGCACGACUUUAUGAAGAACAACGAUUUCCAAUAGAUAUUCGUUCAGUAAAGCGAGAUCAUGAAUUUUUGGACGACGAUUCACUACGAGCUCUAUUCCGCCGUCUCAAUGCGCUCAAUCGAUGUGCUAUUAUGAAAGUCGAGAAUGUAGUACUUAGGAAACAUCCGGAACGGUUUGAUAUUAAUCCGCUGGAACCAGAUAUUGAUGAUGAUAUGACAGUCAUCAAUUAUGAUGAUGAUGAUGAUGAUCAGGUAGCUAUUUCAAAUAAGUGGAAAUAUCAACGUAAUUCUCAAACCUGGUCUAGGAUUGUCCAAGGUGAUGAUACUGCUGUUACAUUCAGUGACACUGGUGAUAAUAUUUGGCGGUCCUGCGAGGAAGCGGUUUCCAGUGCUGAGCUUGACGAGGCAUUGCGAAUGUCAUUCGGUUAUGGACAGAAUCCUAGAAGGCAACCGGAUGGCGCCUCAUGUUUCAGCGAUGUUGUUUAUGACAGGAAAAAUCAGCACGAUGUUACUACCAAUCCAGUUAUUGCCAGAAAUGAUCGGAAUUGCCCCGCAGUCAGUUCAUCAUCAUCAACAAUGGCGACAGUAAAUUUGCAGCGGUCUCAAAGUGAAAGACUGAAGGAACGUGCACGAGCGCUAAUAAAACGUAUGGAUAUACGAUCAUCCAGCAGACGUCGCCGACAGCGUGAUUCUUCGGUGGCUGAUUCAGAAUUUCGCAUGGCAAGCAGAGUUUCGCAUUCAUCUCUCUCAUCAGCCACGACAUCGUCAUCACUAUCAAAAGCUGUUUCAAAUGUGGCUGGUAGAGAUUUAGUAAUUGGUGAUCCGGUGCUUGUCUCGCACUUCUCGGCCAGUCCACGGACCAUGCGUAUGUUCCCUGAUGGCUUAUCCAGUAUCCUCUCAUCACAGGCUGUCACACCACAAAUGCUGAAUCAGUUUCGUCGCCGUACUGCUGCUACAGCAGCGGACCAUCAUCCAUCUGAUGGAGUAACAUUUGCCGUGUUGCAACCAACUAUGCAACAACAACAACAACAGCGACAACAACAACAGCAACCACAACAACAACAGCAGCAUCAGCAAAUAAUAUCUGACUGUGCAAGUAAUCGACGUAUGGGUAUGGUACUUGAUUCUACCGGAUCAUCCGUUACCAGCAGUCAUCAACGUCAGGAACUGUUAUGUCGUAACAAGGCACGUGAUAUGUCUUUCGACCGGGCUUUGGUACGUGAGUUAUCACAGCACGAUCACAAAACACGAAUUUACGAUCGAGUAGCCCAGGAUUUGUGUUCUGACAACACUGAUUAUGCUAGUCCAAGAUGUGGACCAGUUAAUUUAGAAGCAACGGCUUGUUAUGACAGACGUUCCAGAAUAGCUCAUUAUGAAAGAGCAUCAUCAUCAGAGCACUGCUGUGCCAAUAGCACAACCUUCUCUUCGUUAAUAAGAAACGGUGUGCAGUUUUCGGGUGAUGUUCUUUCUGAUAAUUCACUGAAAUCUGAUGAACUGAGGAGUCUUCCUAAACAGAAUUUGGACCGUGAUCGAGAUCUGGCACCGGCACAGUUAUAUGCUCGUUCUAGACUAGUUGUCAAUGCCGAUGGUUACUAUGAACAUAUUCCUUCAAAUGAUAUUCAUGAUACCUCGUUUGAACUGGAAGCGUUCUCAUCAAAUGAUUCAGUUACUGGUAGUGUUGCUGGAGCUGGUACCUCAGGAGCGACGGUAUCCGUUACUACAUGUCAUCGCGCGAUAUCACCAGAAUCAUCCUCCUCCAAUACAAGUAUCUCUAAUCAUGCUAGUCGCUUAAAAGCAGAAGUUGAUGGUCGAGGUGGAAAAAGACUUGGUUGUGGUAGCAGUUCUUCAUUAUUCAACACAGGUAGAGGUAUGUCAGCGCAAAGGUCACAUUCUAGUUUAGAAAGUAGUGGGAAUGACGAUGAAUUAAUUGCACGGCAACAGAAGUCAGGCAGUGGUGAACGACGUGAUUCUGGUGUUGGCUCAAGUCUUUCUAGGUCACCCAGUGGGCCAACAACGCAAAGACUGCGGAACUCAUUGCUGUUUACAACGUUGCAUCAUCCAGAAAUGAAAUCUAAACAUUUAUCACCCAGUUCGUUGGAUGUUUGUUCUACUGAUUACAGCGAAACAUUUAUUGGUGACGCUGAUUUGGCACAUUGCGUAGAUGCUCUGAGUGUAGGUGAAAUGCAACAAAUACGCAAGUUGGCAUUCCUUAAGCUAUCAGUGUUGAUUGAAACAUAUGCUGGAAGCGGUAUUAGAAUUGGUAUUGCAGCUGAUAAUAAUGGUAGUGGCAGAGUGAGCAAAAGUUGGGCGGUACACAAAUUUAUUAGACGAAUGCGCAACAAUGACACUGUUAAUGGAAGCAGUAAAUCUAGUGGAACAGAACUUUCAACGUUUGGUUUACCGUUAGCAAUCAUCCAAAGUCGUUCUGGUUUUGCAUUACCUCGAUUCAUCUUGGAAAUGAUGCACUUUUUACGUAUCGUAGCUCCAGAUACUGUUGGGAUAUUCCGGAAAAGCGGUGUUCGUUCACGAAUUACCGAAUUACGAAUGCUUUGUGAUGUGGCACCAGAAGCAGAAGUUUUCUCAGAUGGGAAACUUGACCCAUCCCAGGUGCACGACGUAGCUGAUCUUUUAAAGCAGUACUUCCGUGAAUUGCCUGAACCCCUGAUGACCGCCAAAUAUUCGGAAACGUUCGCUAGGAUUUUCAUACAUAUUCCGAUGGAAAUGCGUAUAGAAGCCCUUCAGCAUGCCGUUUUGUUGUUGCCUGAUGAACAUCGGGAAGCUCUACAAACUCUGCUUUAUUUUCUUCAUGAUAUUGCUAAACAUUCUGCAACUAAUAGUAUGACGCCGCAAAAUCUGGCUGUAUGCUUUGCACCGUCAUUAUUUCAGUUAUGUGGUUCACGUUUGAGUAACAUCAGUCCGACAAGACGUCACAAAACGAUUGGAGCAGCAGGAUUACCGACAGAGCGUGAAAUUAAGGAGUCGCGGGCUGCACAAGAAUGUCUCGUGCAAAUGAUUGAGCACUGUACCAAAGUAUUUAUCGUUCCGACUAGUCCUGGAUUGGAGCGUGACGAAGGUAGCAAGUACUGUAAAGGCACUGAACCGGAUGCACCAUUUCUGACUGAACUUGGUUUGUCCCAAGAUGGAAAUUAUAAAACAUACUUAUUACAAAAAGCGAGAGAGCUAUUAAAGGGACAUCGGGAUCGGUGGAAAGGUUGGAUUGUUGAGGGCACAGUGGAUGGUGUUGAAAUUUCAACCAAAAAAUCGACGGAUGGUCAUCCAUUGCGCUUCUUCCGCGUUUGGGUUGACAUUGAAGCACCACCUAGGGAGAUCCUCAUUAGGAUUGUUCGAGAAAGGAAUGUUUGGGAUCUUCAAAUUAUCAACUGGAGAACAGUGGCAGUAUUGAACGCCGAAAAUUGUGACGUUUUCCAAUAUGUUAUCAAUGAUACACCAUCACAUCCUACUCGUGACGCUACAGUGGUCAGGUUGUGGCAUAAGGAUUUAAAAGAAUUACGUGGUGGUUGUGUUCUGGUAGAGCGUUCAGUACAUUCCAGUGAAACGCAAAUGUUGGGUGGCAUUUCUAUUGCUGUGCUAUCAUCACAGUUUCUCGUUGAACCAAUAGCUGGUCGUUCCCGUGUCACCUAUAUCACGAGGACUGAUUUAAGAGGACGAAGUAAUAUUUGGUACAGUAAAGUAUAUGGACAGCUCAUAGCUCGACAACUUUCACGAUUGCGUGACUCAUUCAAACAGUUUACGCAUGUCGAUGAUGGGCCUGAAACGAAAGUCUGA